CUCCUCAGUUCGUAGCACCCGUCCAGGCCGGCCUUGCUGAGGGCUUUGCCGACCGCGGCCUUCCGCAUCGAGGCCCAAUCCGGGCCCAUCGGGAUGCAGGCCAGGUCCAGCCCGCCGUACGUGCAGACUCGGACCACGAGCGGGACGUCGCGGCUGGAGAAGACGGAUUCGUUGUCGCGGAGGACUUGUUUGGCUAGAUCCGGCGAGCUGACGACGAUGUAGAGUUUGGUGCCCACACGGAAUUUGAAGAUGGGGCCGUAUUCGGCGGCGAGGGC